CGGUGAACUACGCGGCGGGGCUGUCGCCGUAUGCGGAUAAGGGCAAGUGUGGCCUCCCCGAGAUUUUUGACCCCCCGAAGGAGUUGGAGCUGAAGGUGUGGGAGCUGGCCAGGCUGGUGUGGCAGUCCUCCAAUGUGGUGUUCCACACAGGCGCUGGCAUCAGUACUUCCUCAGGCAUCCCUGACUUCAGCCUGUGUUAGACAAGAGUUGUUGGUGAAAAGCAAGGCUGUUGCCAGGCGUGGUCGUGCACCCCUGUAAUCCCAGCACUCGGGAAGGCUGAGGCAGGAGGAAUCGCCACGAGUUCAAGGCCAGCCUGGACUAUAUACCGAGACCCUGUCUCGAAAAACCAAAAAAGAAAAGAAAAGCAAGAGUCUCAAACUGGAGGCCUCUUGAUGGCUCCUAUAGGGGCCCGCACGGUGUGUGGACCAUGGAGGAGCGGGGUCUGGCGCCCAAGUUCGACACGACCUUUGAGAGCGCGCGGCCCACGCGCACACACAUGGCGCUGGUGCAGCUGGAGCGCGUGGGGCUGCUGCACUUCCUCGUCAGCCAGAACGUGGACGGGCUGCAUGUGCGCUCCGGCUUCCCCAGGGACAAACUGGCAGAGCUGCAUGGGAACAUGUUCGUAGAAGAAUGUGCCAAGUGUAAGACGCAGUACGUCCGGGACACGGUCGUGGGCACCAUGGGCCUCAAGGCCACCGGGAGGUUCUGCACAGUGGCCAAGGCGCGGGGACUGCGGGCUUGCCGGGGGGAGCUGAGAGACACCAUCCUGGACUGGGAAGAUGCCCUGCCUGAGCGGGAUCUGGCUCUCGCCGACGAGGCCAGCAGGAACGCGGACCUGUCCAUCACCCUGGGGACCUCCCUGCAGAUCCGGCCCAGCGGGAACCUGCCCCUGGCCACCAAACGCCGGGGCGGCCGCCUGGUCAUUGUGAACCUGCAGCCCACCAAGCACGACCGCCAGGCUGACUUGCGCAUCCACGGCUACGUGGACGAUGUGAUGGCUGGGCUCAUGCGACACCUGGGGCUGGACAUCCCCGCCUGGCACGGGCCCCGAGUGCUGGAAAGGGCCCUUCCCCCACUGCCCCGGCCUCCCGCACCCAAGCUGGAGCAGAAGGAUGACAAGGGUGAGGACUCUACAGCCCAGCUCAAUGGCUCUGCACCCACCCAGCCCAAGCCAGAGCCCAGCAGCCCCAAACUGGAGCGGCCCGAGAGCCUGGCCCCUUGCAGGCCCCCCAAGAGGCUGAAGGCUGAGGCAGUGCCCAGCUGACCAGCGGGCUGGCGAGGGCAGGGGGUUUUCUAGGAACUGCGAGUAUUUUGCUGUCAUGUCACGGUGUCUUUGGUACUUGGGACUCAGGAUGCUGAGAGCCGUGGCCCUUCUGGCUCCGGGGCAUCCAGUGGGCCAGGAAGCAGCUAUGCCCAGAGCUGCCAGCCCAGGUGCCUGCUGCCCCAUCAGGCUCUGGCCUCUGACUCAGGAUGUGCCGGAAGGGGGGCCAGACCCUCCCGGUUUCCAGCCUACGAGGAAACAAUUCCCUGUGGCCUCCAGUGACCUCUGGCACCCCUCCCUCCACUCUUGAUCUCCCAAAGCCACCUUCACGGGCCCUCCAGGAGGGGAGCACAGAGGCAGGCACUGGUAUCCUGCAGGGGCUUCCUGGAAGCUGCCAGGGAAUAAAAACAGCUGUCCUGCA